CCAAUACAUCUGCAAUAUUGCACUUAGUUCUUCUUCAUAAACAAAACACUUUGAAAAUUCAAACUAAUUUCAAUACCAGUGAUUCAUUCGGCUUGAUGGAUCUACCAGGCAAGCCUUCGGAAAUGCAUAGCUAUCUUUUUCCAUUUUACCUUGCCUUUAUUCUACUCUCGUGCGUUAACAUGCAAGGUCUUUACUUGCAUGGUUUAGCAACCUCAUUGGUUAGCGGAAAUGACACAGAUCAACAAGCUUUACUGGAGUUCAAGGCCAAGAUAACUGGUGAUCAGCUCGAUUUUAUGCAUUUGUGGAACAACACCAUUCAUUUUUGCCGAUGGUAUGGUGUUACAUGCAGUCGCCGACAUCACAGAGUGACCAAGUUGGACUUAUCAUCACUAAAGCUCAUGGGAUCUGUAUCACCUUAUAUUGGAAAUCUCAGCUUUCUAAGGGUUUUAAAUCUUCAAAACAACAGUUUCAGUUACGCAAUUCCUCAAGAAAUUGGUCGUUUACACAGAUUGCAGGAGUUAAGACUGCACAACAACUCCUUUGGUGGUAAACUUCCUCCAAAUAUAUCCGGUUGUUCUAAGCUUGAAAUCUUUGCUGUUGGAAACAACCUGCUAGUAGGAGAAAUUCCAGGGGUGCUUGGCAGCUUGUCAAACCUAAAAAGAUUACUUUUAAAUGGCAACAAGUUUACAGGGAGUAUCCCACCUUCCUUAGGGAACUUAUCAUCUCUGGAUUGGAUUACUCUGGCUAAAAAUAGACUGAGUGGGCGUAUUCCUGAAGCUCUUUACCAACUGACAAAUCUUAUGGUUCUCUCUUUGGUAGAGAAUGGAAUUUCUGGUACCAUUCCUGCCUCAAUUUUCAAUCUGUCGAAUAUCAAACUUCUUGAUUUUGGGCACAACCAGUUUCAAGGUAGUCUUCCAUCGGACUUGGGAAUCACUAUGCCAUAUAUUGAAGUCUUUUCAGUAAGUCAUAACCAACUUAUUGGAUCAAUCCCCGUUUCAAUAUCUAAUGCCUCAAAUUUCUUUGCACUUCAUACUCAGAAAAAUAACCUUAGUGGCAACUUGAUUUCAUUUAAAAACCUGCAUAAACUAGCACGACUUACCAUCAAUGGCAACCAUUUUGGCAGUGGGGGAGCAACUGACCUGAGCUUUCUUUGCUCUUUGAUCAAUGCUACCGCAUUAAAUACUCUGAAUAUAGGCGAAAAUAACUUUGGAGGGCUAUUGCCCGAGUGCAUAAGCAAUUUCUCCAGUGUUUCCUUUUUCAUUAUAGAAGAGAACAAAAUAUUUGGAAGAAUUCCAGCUGGGAUUGAAAAUCUCAUCAACUUGGAGAUGCUGGUGGCAUCCAACAAUCGAUUAUCAGGUUCUAUUCCCUUUGGUAUUGGCAGGCUUCAAAAGCUGAAGGUAUUUUAUGCAUCCUAUAAUUCUCUCUCUGGGGCUAUUCCCACUUCUUUUGGAAAUUUGACGAUGUUGAUUAGCCUCAGUUUGCGUCAAAACAAUCUUCAGGGCAACAUUCCCUCAGAUCUAUCUAGGUGCGAGAAUUUGAUUGAGUUGAGUGUUUCUCAUAAUAACCUGACUGGUUCAAUACCCACUGGAGUGAUCGGUCUCUCAUCAUUGUCCAUUACUCUAGACUUAUCUUCAAACAGUUUAACUGGUAUGCUUCCAGUUGAAGUGGAAAAUUUGAAAAAUCUAGGUGAAUUGGAUGUUUCUUUCAACAGGUUAUCAGGUGUGCUUCCGAAUAAUCUUGGUAGCUGUGUAAGACUGGAGAUACUAUACUUGAGGGGGAAUUUCUUCCAAGGGCUAAUUCCUUCUUCUUUGAGUUCAUUGAGAGGACUUAUAGAAUUAGACUUAUCUGACAACAAUUUCUCUGAUGGUGCUGUACCAACUGGAGGAGUCUUUAAGAAUGCGAGUGCUAUAUUUGUUGAGAGAAACAGUAAGCUUUGUGGAGGUAUCCGUGAGCUUCACUUGCCUGGAUGUUACUUGAAAAAGUCCACCAGGAGAUCAAACAAUUCUCUCAAACAAAAAGUUGCAAUUGCUUCAACAAUUUUAGGAGUGACUUUGGUAUUCUCCUUUCUCCUCUUUUUGUGCUUUAGAAAGAAAAAAAAGCAGCCUGCUGCACCAUCCUGUGAAGAGAAGUCACUUUUAAAGUUAUCAUAUGGAAGCAUCCUAAGGGCUACAAAUGGGUUCUCAUCUGCAAAUUUGGUCGGUGUAGGGAGCUUUGGUUCCGUGUACAAAGGAAUUCUUGAAGAGAAUGGAUUAGUCAUUGCCAUUAAGGUGCUUAAUCUUUUACGGCCAGGAGCUUCAAAGAGUUUCAUGGCUGAAUGUGAGGCCUUGAAGAACAUUAGACAUCGAAAUCUUGUCAGGAUAUUAACAGCAUGUUCCAGUGUUGAUUAUAAAGGUACUGAUUUUAAAGCUCUUGUUUAUGAGUUUAUGGUUAAUGGGAGCUUGGAGGAUUGGUUGCAUCCAUCUGUUGGCAUGAAUGAGACAGAGAAAAACUUGAAUCUUUUCCAAAGAGUAAAUAUAGCUGCAGAUGUUGCUAGUGCACUUGACUAUCUCCAUCAUUAUUGUGAGACAUCAAUCAUUCAUUGCGACCUUAAGCCAAGCAACAUUCUACUCAACGAUGAAAUGGUUGGCCAUGUAGGAGAUUUUGGCUUAGCAAAAUUCCUUUCAACAGAAACGCCAAACUAUUCGACUAACCAGUCAAGCUCUCUUGGAUUAAAAGGAACCAUUGGUUAUGCUCCACCAGAAUAUGGCUUGGGAAGUGGGGUGUCAACAAAAGGGGAUGUGUAUAGCUAUGGCAUCCUCUUGCUAGAAUUGUUUACAGGGAGGAGACCUACUGAUGAACUGUUUAAAGAGGGUUUAAGCCUCCACGACUUUGUUAAGUUAGCUUUGCCAGAACAAGUGGAUGGGAUUAUAGAUCCCAUUCUCCUUCAAGAGAGAGGCGGAGGAGGAGCAGUCACAAAUAAUAGUUGCACUGGAACCAGCCUGGGAUAUGACAGGCCUUUCCAAUACUUGAAUUCAAUUCUUGAAAUAGGAGUCACUUGUUCUGCUGAAUCUCCGAGAGAACGAAUGGACAUGAUUGAUGUUGCUGCCAAGCUUUGUUCUAUUAGAGACAAGCUUUAUCCAACUCGAGUGCCUAAUUUGCCAUACUGGACUUGUGAGCAUAAGGUCAUGCAAGGUACUACGUACCUGAGGUCCAAGGAAGACCAGGGUGCGAUUCAGGUUGAUAGGCUGGAAGAAAAGGUCGAAGAUCCUACUGGCAGUGAUGACCGUAUCUUUGGCUCUCCCAAAGAUGAUGAUAACAAACAAGACUUGGGUGUCACUGGGACAGCCUAG